AGUUCCUGUUUUAUUUUCCACAUCUUGAAUUCGUUCACUUCAGAAUUCAGAUUCUCUUAAAACCACUUAGUACUUCUCUGCCACUAUCAUCAUCAUCAUCCAAAGAUGAAAGGCAUUGAUAUCUUCUGUGCUUCACAAUCCUCAACAGCCAUAUCUCAUGCCAUGGAACAAGCCUCCUCUUCUUCUUCUUCUUCCAACACCUUCCAUCUGGGUGGCAGGGCCCUCGACCGCCACAACCCCAUCAUCAUGGAUUCUAGAAGAACACCUUCUAGAGACUUCACUCUCCCACCGACUCCCACUUCCGUUGACCCCAAACCUGGCCACCAUGAUCUCCAAAAGGGUAAGAAAAAAUCAUCAUCAUCGUCUUCUCCUCCUUCUUCUUCUUCUUCUAAGAGAAGUUCAAGAAAGGGUCAUGAUAAGAAAAAGAGUGUGACAGAGAAUAAGGUGACUGAACAUUUUACCAACAAUCACUCUUCAAAGGCCAUUGAUAGUGUUGUGAGAAGGAGUUGGGUCACUCCUGCUGGUUCAUCAAGGUAUCUGCUAAGUGACAUAUCAGAUUAUGAUCCUGUUUUGGCUCUAACUACUUCUAAUAUUAAUGUUGAUGAUGAUGAAAAGAAGGGUCAUCAAGUUGUUCAUAAUCAAGAUGAAACAAUAAAACAUCAUCAUGCAUCUAAUUCUAAACCCUCUAGCUCCUCCUCUGCUCCAAAAUCUGCUUCGUCAAACCAGGUUGUGGUAUUAAGGGUUUCUCUACAUUGCAAAGGUUGUGAAGGCAAAGUGAGGAAGCAUCUCUCUAGAAUGCAAGGAGUUACAUCCUUCAACAUAGAUUUUGCGGCAAAGAAGGUGACAGUAGUUGGGGAUGUGACUCCAUUGAGUGUAUUGGCAAGCAUAUCAAAGGUUAAGAAUGCACAAUUUUGGCCACCACCACCUUCUGGAUCCGCUAGUAAUCCAGAAUCAAGAAAAAGAAACUUGGCCUAACGAAUUAUGAAAUUAAAGAAGUUAGACUAUUGUUACUAUUAUUAUUGGUAUUAUUGUUCUAUGUUAUGAUGAGUUUAGUUUAAUUUGAAGAGCAAUCUAGUUGGUUUAAAUGCAAAUGGAAAUCUUAGCAGUGUAUGUAGACUUGACUUUGAAUUUAAUUUUGAAUGAAACAAGAAAUAGAUCUAAAAACUAGUAGAAAGGAAUGCAAU